CUCAGAUACAUGGAAUUAGGCCUUUACCAGGUAUUUCCACCGUCCAAGAGCUGAAGUGCAGUGAGAACUCAUUUUAAUUUGACCUCUUCAUAAAUAUCUCCAUGAAGGAUGAAAAAUCUAUUUGGAAAAAAAAAAGCAAAUGCAAGCAAUAGAACCGGUCUCCAGCCUCCGCCUGCAUGUAAGAGUCUGAGAGUAUUGGUUGUGCCUCUGUUAUAAAUUAUGUGGGAGAGAAGGAGAGUACAGCUUCACUUUUCAGUCUGGAACUGGCGAGGACAGAAGCAGAAGCACCAACUGGAACCGAGGCAAAACUCUUCACACUGUUGAGCUGCAAGGCAUAUUCCCUCCCAGGCCUUGCAGGAAGAAGAUGUAGUCUCAGGACAGCCUUGAGGAGCUGCCAGCCGUAAAGGAAUUGAGCUCUUUGUGACUCAAGAAUCUAGAAUAUUUGACUAGACAUUCUGAGCCUGAAGAAAUGCGGAGCCGGAGAGAGCGCUGCUCAGAGCCUGCUUCCAUCCUGCCAGGGAAUGUUUGAUCCCAAAGUUUUAGAAAGCCCAGCUGUGAUUUUGGACAAUGGAUCUGGGCUCUGUAAGGCUGGCCUGUCAGGAGAACAGACACCAAGGUCAGUCGUUGCUUCUGUUGUAGGCUAUCCCAAAUCCAAAGCUAUCAUGAUUGGAGCUGGUCAAAAAGACUAUUACGUCGGAAAGGAGGCUCAGUCCAAAAGGGGCAUUCUGUCUUUUAAGUACCCAAUGGAACAUGGCAUAGUGACUUCCUGGGAUGAUAUGCAGAAGAUCUGGAAGUAUGUGUAUAAGUAUGAACUCCGGAUGAAAGCCAGCGAAAGGCCAGUGCUCCUGACAGAGGCCCCGCUGAACACACUGCCUAACCGAGAAAAAAUGACCGAGAUCAUGUUUGAAGGCUUCCGAGUGCCUGCCAUGUUUGUGGCUCUGCAAGCGCUGCUGGCUCUUUAUGCCUCAGCCCAGACAACUGGAUUAGUGCUAGACAGUGGAGAUGGUGUUACCCUUACAGUCCCUGUCUACAAAGGCCAUUGCUUACUUCAUGGUGUUUCCCGGCUGGAUUUUGCAGGAAGAGAUAUUACUAAAUACCUUGCUAGGCUCCUCUUGGAGAAUGGACACUCAUUCACAAGCACAGCUGAGGGGGAAAUUGUGAAGGAUAUCAAGGAGAAGCUGUGCUAUGUGGCCAUUGAGCCCAGCCAGAAAAUGAAGGAGAAACCCAGGAAACUCACACGUGAAUAUAUUCUCCCAGAUGGAAAUGCUAUCCAGGUUGGCAACCAGCUGUUCAGAGCUCCUGAAGCCCUUUUUGUGCCAGCUAAUGCUGGUAUCUCAGCACCAGGGAUUGACAAAAUGAUUGUUCAGAGUGUUAAGAAAUGUGAUGGACGUAUCCACUCAGAUAUCUUGGGGAAUGUGGUAUUGUCUGGUGGAUCAACCCUUUUCCAUGGUCUAAAUGAGAGACUCCUGAAGGAACUGCAGAUGCAGAUCCCCAGCACCAUUCCUGUAAAGAUCAUAGCCCCCCAAGACAGGAUGUUCUCAGUGUGGAUUGGUGCUUCUGUCCUCACCAGUUUAAAAACGUUCAAGGACAUGUGGGUCACAAGUGAAGACUACAAGGAGAUUGGACCAACUGCACUUCAGAGAAAAUGCUUCUGAGAAGAAUGACCACCGGGAGCGGGGGGGAGAAAGUGCCAAUCUGAACAGCUGGAGAGCAGCUAAUAAAUCAUUGCAAAAAUAAUUGAUUUGUAGUAAAUGAUUUUAUGGCUUGGUAAAGAAAGAUCCCUUGUGCAUUUGGAUAAAGAAAGAGCCCUUGUUCGCUGCAUUUUUGCUAUCCAGCAUGUUGGUUUUAAUUCCAGAAAUGUGUUGAUCCUCCCUAGCAUUGCAAACAGUUUCUCAGACUGUUAAAUGCUAGAGAACAAGCCACCUCCAUCCUAUGCCUCUCAGGGCUGGCUCCCUGCCAUUCACCAUAAGCUUCCAAAGAGACCUCUAAUGAAGAAAUAGAGGUCUCUGGGGUAUUGUUGACCCUUUGCUGUAGUGCUGGAGACCUCUUGCAGUGGUCCUGGCAAGCUGGGGAGAGCCCAGAAAAAGUGUAGCAUUUGAAUUUCUUUAUUCAUGUGAAAUGAAAAAGAAGUUCUGGCCAUUAAACUGAAGCUCUCAGAGAAAAUGAUCCAAGCUUUGGAUCUUGUCUUUGCUAAUGAUUCAUCUUGUAACACUGGCUGAGACAUUUUCACUGCCUUUUGUAUCUCAGUUGACCCACUGAUGAAAUCUGAAUACCACUUCUUACAAGGAUGAUGUGAGACAUAAUUGAAAUAGGUAUAGUCAGCAUCUGGGAAUGCUGGGUGAAAGGUGUUUUUUUCUGUUUUGUUCUUCUGACAUCCCCUAAUACCCUUUUGCAGAAUCAGCAGAUCUGGAUGAGGGCUGAGUAUCUGUGCUUUUAGCUGCUUAUCUGAAGGAAGUUUAGUAGAACAACUGAGAAUUUAAUCAUUCCUGAAUCAGUUGGUUGACAUUGCAUUCUCCUUCAAUGGAGGGCAAGCUCAUAAGGAAAAAGUGCCAUUCCCCUGAUAACGUUCUGGGAAGGCUGAGAAACUGGCAAAAGAUAGCAAGUACUUGAAUUUGUAAAUAAUUUGGCUUUGUCCGUGUUCAAGCAAUCAUUCUUGUAAAUGAGCUUUAUACAUUCAGGAAUGCCUGGCCAACUAACUGCAAGCAUAACUAGUCAACAGAAUUUUGAAUUGUAUAACUAACAAUUGUGAGAAUUUCUAGCUGUGAGUUUUAUUUUCUACCUUUGGGGGCUUUUACCAUUGUUAAUUUUCCCUCAACCUGAAGAAGGGUGCGUGUGCCUGAAAGCCUACAAAGAAAGAUAAUUUUUUUGUGAUUUCUUAGUUGGUCUAAUAAAAGGUAUCAUCUUUGAA